AUGCCACCACGGGCGGAAAAGAGCUUAAAGCGAGCAAAGCUCGGUGCUGGUACGAGAGAACAAGAUGCGAAAAAGCCCCGACGCUCCGAAAGAAUAUCCUCCCAAUUAACUCGGCCACAAGUAGCUCCGGCCAACAUGCCUUACCUUCCUUCUCCCCUUACGUUCCAGGAACCUAUAGUCAGCGGAAAUAAUAAAGAUGUCACAGCUAGCCCCCCAGAAGGCCGUCUCAGUCAGCUUCGUCAUCAAACGCCUAAACCGGAGCAUGUAACACAACUUUCGUCGCCCCCUGGUGACACUCAAGCCUUCUCCCAAGUCCCACCCCAAGCUUUUGUGGCUGGCGUGAAAGACGAAGAGGCAGAAGGCAUUUGGGGCUAUCUCAAUCCUUUGAAUAAUACAUACGACCACACUGUGGUGCUCAAAAAAAGAGAUAUUUGCACUCCGUCGGAGCUAGAUGAAGAAAUAAGCCGGGGCCGGCGUAAAGGUAAAGAGAGGAUUGCUGCACAAAAUGUAAAUCCAAGCGGUUAUUUAAUAGGACGCCAUGCGGAGUGCGAUGUGGUUAUGAGUCACACCACCAUUUCUAACCGGCAUUGUCUGAUAUUUCACGAACAUAGGAGGGGCGACUCGGUAGCUAUUCUCGAGGACUUAUCCAGUAAUGGUACCUUUGUCAAAGGGGCGUUAGUUGGGAGGAAUCAGAGACGCGAACUGGAGGAUGGAGAUGAAAUCAACAUCUUAGAUCAAGCUAGAUUCUCUUUUCAUUACGCUCGCAACCGAGAAAUCGGCAGGUUCCAGCAGCAAUUUCGCAUCUUAAGCCAGCUGGGGAAAGGCCAGUUUGCCACCGUGUAUCUGUGUGCAGAAAAGGCCACCGGAACGAAAUAUGCAGCAAAGCGAUUUGACAAAAAGCCAGGCGGUUACAGCGAGUCAGAUCUCGCCUCCCGCAACCAAGAAGUUGCAAUACUCAAAAGCGUGAAUCACAAAAAUCUGUUGUGCCUGAAGGACAUAUUCGAUGAGAAAGACGGUGUCUAUUUAAUCUUAGAACUAGCUCCAGAAGGCGAGCUGUUUAAUUGGAUUGUUUCUCACGAAAAGCUGUCAGAGUUUGAAACUCGCCAUGUUUUCCGCCAACUGUUCGAUGGGCUGAAGUACCUGCAUGACCGUAACAUUGUUCAUCGAGAUAUCAAGUCGGAAAAUAUCUUGCUCAUGGACAAGCGCCUUACCGUUAAAUUGGCGGAUUUCGGUCUUGCGAAAAUAAUUGGAGAAGAUUCAUUCACCACGACUGUGUGUGGCACACCGAGCUACGUGGCCCCGGAAGUGUUAGAUAUGAAACACUCUCGAGCUGUUGACAUCUGGUCUCUUGGUGUCGUCCUUUAUAUUUGCCUCUGCGGCUUUCCGCCUUUCUCAGAUGAGUUAUACUCACGCGAUUUCCCCUACAGCCUAGUGGAGCAAAUCAAAUUGGGCACGUUUAAUUAUCCAUCACCGUAUUGGGACAGCGUGAGCGAUCCAGCCCUCGAUCUUAUUGAUAGGAUGCUCACCGUAUCCGUUGAUGAUCGCACUACUAUUGACGAGUGCCUGCGACAUCCGUGGCUCACGGGCGGUGGUAUUGGCCUUACGGACAGCACAGAUGGAUUGACAGGGGCAAUGGGAAAAUUAGAUUUCUCCAAACGCAAAAUGAAACGGGAGCGGACCUUGUUGAGUAAAAUAAAUAAUGCUCUGGUUAGUCAGGUCAUUGAUGGCUCUGAGCAUGGCUAUAGCGAAGUCAAAGCAUUUGACAACAAUGCCGCCAAGCGAGUGCAUAACAAGCCCCCAAAGGAAGGCAUCAACCCUCCCCAAGAACCAAAGCCAGAUUCCAAUCGGCACCCUAUGGAAUUCAUGCAAAUGGGAGGCCGCGGCGACCAACUUUUAUUUGGACACGAUACAAACACUCAGGGUGCAACUUCUAAAGGCAAACGGAAGUGA